UCCCAAAAGGAUAAAACGUGAAAUUCCUUUCUCCAACAACAGCUCCGGAAAAUCAGCCCAAUUUAUAGAAUUCAGAUGGUUAAAUGCGUUCUCUGACGGCUGCAAUAACUCACGUUCAAGUUGGGAAAUCUUCUCAUCCAUUGAUCUCUACUGCCCAUCGCUUGUUUCCGACUUAAAUUAUUCUCUCUAAUCUUGUUUGGAGAAGAUAAUGAGCAGUUUUAAGGAUUUUUGUUCGAAAAAGACCGUAAUCGGUCUUGGAUUGGGACAAUUUUUGUCUCUUCUUAUCACUUUCACUGGCUCUGCAUCCUCUGAACUCGCGAAAAGAGGAAUUAAUGCACCGUCUUCACAGUCCUUUAUAAACUAUGUCCUCUUGGCCAUUGUCUAUGGAAGUAUAGUGCUCUACCGUAAGAAAGCACUCAAGGCCAAAUGGUACUUCUACGUACCACUAGGAUUGGUAGAUGUAGAAGCCAACUACCUUGUUGUGAAGGCCUAUCAGUACACAUCUCUGACAAGUGUCAUGCUGCUGGAUUGUUGGACAAUCCCUUGUGUUAUGCUGCUAACCUGGCUUUUCCUGAAAACAAAAUACAGAUUCAGGAAGAUAGCCGGUGUUGUUGUUUGUGUUGCUGGUCUUGUCAUGGUCAUUUUUUCUGACGUUCAUGCUGGUGACCAAGCUGGAGGAACCAGCCCACUUAAAGGGGAUGCUCUUGUUAUAGCUGGUGCUACCCUUUAUGCUGUUACUAAUGUCAGCGAGGAAUUUUUGGUGAAGAAUGUUGAUAGAGUUGAGUUAAUGGCGAUGUUGGGCACCUUCGGUGCCAUCGUUAGUGCAAUUCAAAUAAGCAUAAUUGAGCGCAAUGAGUUAAUAUCCAUUCGAUGGACAGCCGGAGCAGCAAUUCCUUUUGCUGGGUUUUCUGUGGCUAUGUUCAUGUUUUACUCGCUUGUCCCUGUACUGCUUCAGGUUAGCGGAUCCACAAUGUUGAACCUCUCUUUACUGACCUCGGACAUGUGGUCGAUCGUAAUUCGUGUCAUCGCAUAUAAUGAGAUGGUUGAUUGGCUUUACUACUUGGCCUUUGCUGUUGUUGUCAUUGGACUUAUUAUUUAUUCAGUGGGUGAAAAAGAAGAAGAUCAACGUCGAGCUGACAUCGCUGAUGAAGAAUCCGAGCACGACAAACUUGCAUACAAGGAAUGUCCUUCGAGAAACUAGAAACAAGGAACUGCAACCAUCAGGUCGGGUAGAAAAAAUUAGGAAAGAAGUGUCUAAUCUAAUCUCGAUUUAGAGUUCACUUACUCUUUUGUGGAGUUUUUUAUGGGCUUAUUUUUUUCUCUGACACGUUUAACAUUUUGGUCGAAAAUGUAUGUCUUUACUGUUUAUAUAUAUGUAGGUCGAUCAAUAUGUAUUUGUUAAUUAUGCUUUUAUUUAUGUCUUAUAUAAUAGAGUUUUUAGACCCGUA